AUGUUAACAGUAAACGACUUGACGAAUGUCUCCGAAGGCAUAUCAUCUGUUCAAGAGGGUUUCUCCGUGUCAGUUUGGAUUCGAACUCCAAUAAUCUUCUCUGUGUCAUUCUUCGUGAUUACGUCCAAUAUUCUGAACAUAUCCAUCCUCCGAAGAACCAGGACCAUACCUCACAUUUCCAAACUGUGUUUGACCAACUUAAGUAUUGCAGAUCUGUCCGUGGGUCUGGUGACGUGUGCCCCGUGUGUUGUGUCUGCAGUUCUAGGCUACUGGCCCUACGGAGACGUGUGGUGUCAGAUCGCGGGAGUGACCCAUGGCACCUCGGUCACUGUAUCAAUAUGGAGUCUCUCGAUCGUGAGUAUUGACCGAUACAUUGCUCUCAUGAAACCGCUGCACUACCCCUCGCUCGUCACAACCAGAAGAUGCUAUGUUGGACUUGUAUCAUGUUGGGUGCUUGCGAUUGCAACCUUCUCGUCUGUCAUCCUCACCAAGCCAGACUUCAUCUACUACAGGUUCAACUUUAAUGAGGGCAUGUGUGGUUUAUACUGGGAGUACCCCCUAUUUUGCAUAAUCACUGGGAUGGCCAUUCCGUGUUUGUCAGGAAGUAUAAUCUUGUUCACAACAGUCAGUAUAGUUGUGAGGAUCAAAACAUCUGAAUUUGUGACUGCAGGGAGUUCCAUAUCCAGGCAACGAACCAGGAGGGACGUCAAGGCUGUCAAGAUUCUCAGCAUCACCGCAGGGAUGUUCUUCAUGUGUUGGGGCCCCUACUCUGCCUCAGUUAUAAUGUCGGCGUUUGACCCCAGCAUACACAUCCCGAAGGAGCUUCAGUUUACGUUUCUGUGGUUGGCCAACAGCAACAGUUUCAUGAACGUCAUCAUCUACUCCGCCGUGUACGAAGCCUUCCGACAUGAGGUCAAGGUCAUUCUCGUACCUGCUGCCUGCUUACGCCAGAUAGAACGGGACGUACCUCGUUCUACCACGAGCAUAUCACUCAACAGUCAGGCGACCAUUCAGCGAACUAACAGCUCUGACGAAUUGUAAGGCUGGACUUUCUUUAAAGGGAAAUCUAGAAGUAUGUUUUGUGAAUUGUU